AUGUCUUCGAAUGAAUAUCAGUGGCAAAGAAUUACAUGUGAAGAACAAAUUAAAUAUCUCAUCAAUUUGCGACAACGUUUUUGUCAAUAUUUAAAACAAAAUUCGAAUACGAUAUCGUAUAGUGAUGCACAAAAUUAUUUUCAAGGCGAUUUAGAAUUACUUGAUACAUCACUUGUUGAAUGUAUUUGCGAUCUUGUUAAUAUUAAUGAAUCAUUUUCGGAUGAAACAAACCGUAAGUUUCUGGUUGAGCUAAAGUGUCAACAAUCAAUUAAUACUAAUGAUAAAUUUGAUCAGUCCAUGAAAAGAAUUUAUUUUAACCGGCGAUAUCGGGCUCUGAUUAAUAGCCGUGAAAUUUUACUUGACGACUUAAGUACAUCGAUAGAAGGAAAUAAACUAAAUCGAAUGAUUAAAAUACGUGCUGUGUGUGUACUCGAUGAAGAACUAAAUCGUAUUCAAGAAAUUCUGACAUCGAAAUCAAUUGAAGAACAAUUAGCUAUCCGUUUACAUCAAAUUCGUGCUAUGACCAAUGUUUAUUUCAAACAAUCGUCUCAAACAUCAUUUGAAGAUCUUUCAGCGAUGACUUUACUUGUUCAUUCAUGUGAUUCAUUGCUUUCACUAUUUCGUCUAUUGUUUAAUAGUGCAAAUUCUGAUACAAGUUUUACUUCUUCAUUGGAUAUUCAACGCGAAUAUAAAUAA